UGGAAACCGGAAGUUGAUAAAUUUCUAUUUUGACUAGCUCGACAUCGACACGAAAACAGAUGGGAUGGCUGACAUAACCAACAAAGUUUUAAAGUACAAAUCGUAUUUAAAUGCAAGCAAAAAUGAUACAGACAAGGUGCUUCACAUUGUUAGAAGACUAUCAGAUUUACCAAUAACUGUUGAUGUUCUUCAGGCAACUGGUAUUGGAAAGACUGUAAAUGGAUUUAGAAAGGAAGAUGGUGAGGUGGGGAUGUAUGCUAAAGCAUUGGUCUUUAAAUGGAAGAUGAUGGUUGCUGAAGAAGCUAUACGAUUGGAAAAGGAAAAUGAGGCUGAAGAUCAAAAUGACCAAUCAGAAAGAGGAUCAGAGUCACCUGGAAGUAAUAAUUCAGAACAAAGGUCACCUUCACCUGAAGAAGACCAAUCAUCUUCCAGAUCUCAAUCACCUGGCAGCAACCAGUCAGGAAGUAGAUCUCCAUCACCUGAUAAUGAAUCUAGUGAUGAUAGUCAUGUGGAAAAAGAAAAUCGACAUAGGAAAAAUGUUGAGGGUGAUAGUAGGUCUAAAAACCACCAUGAUAAAAAAGCAGAAAGUAAACAUGAAAAGGCCACUCAAAGACAUGAGUCAUCUAAAGAUAGGGAUAAAAGACAUGAAAUAGAAAAACACAAAUCAAGUAAAAGUGAAAAACAUGAGAGUAUUAAUGACAACAAAUCUGAAAAAUCUCAUAAAGAACACAAAUCAUCCCACACAAGUCAUCGCUCAUCUGAUAAAAAGCACUCUAGUGAUACAGAUCAAAAACAUCAAAGUGAAAGCAAGUCUGAUAAAAAACAUUCUCAGGAUAAAAAUGAUGAUAAACAGCACAGGGACAAACAUACAGAGGAAAAGCACAGACAUAGUCAGAACAAGAGUAAACAUUCUAGUGACAAAAGUGAUAUAAAAUCGGACAAGAAAGACAAUAAGGAAAAAAAACUAGAUGAUACGAAAGAGAAGUAUAGUAGUGAUAGCCAUAAAAGUAGCAAAGAUGACAAGAAAUCUGAAAGUAGUCAUCGAAGUGAUAGUCACAAAAGUUCCAAGGAAAAAUCUGACAGUAAACAUUCAGAAAAAGAACACAAAAGUAGAAGUAGUGAGACAAAUCACGAAAGUAGCUCUGAUAACAGACAUAAAAGUGAUACUGAUCAUAAACGUUCUGGUGAUAAAGAUGUUAAACACUCAAGUGAUAAAGAUCGUAAAAGUGAGCAAAGUGGUUCUGAUAAAAAACACGGGAUUGGUAAUCACAAGUCAGAUAAAAGUAGCAAAGAUGAAAAUAAACAUUCAAGUGAAAAAAAUUCUGAUAAAAAACAUAGUGAAAGUAGCAGAAGUAAUAAGGAGGAAAAGAGUGAAAAACAAUCUGUAAGUUCAAGUGAAAAACAUACUCAUAGGAGCGAAAGUAGCCAUAAAAACAGUGAUCAUCAUGAAAAAGAAAGGAAAAAAGAUGAAAAGCAUUCUGGUAGUGAAAAAAGUGAUAAAAAAGACGAAAAGCAUUCUAGUAGUGAAAAAAGUGAUAUAAGAAGUGAAAAAAAUUCAAAUGAAAAACAUCGUAGUAGUCGUGAAUCUAGUAAAGAUCAUUCUGAUAAAAAACACAGCUGUGAGAAAAGUGGACAUGAACGAUCUCAUAAAUCUAGUGAAAAGAAAGAUACAAAGAACAGUUCAGAAAACAAUCACAGAAAAGAGAGAUCUGAGUCAACUGAUAAAAGUAGGUCUGAUAAAAAACACUCUAGUUCUAGUAGUGAUAAACAUCAUCACUCGGGAUCGAAGCACAGCUCUGAAUCUGAUAGAAAAAGCAAAGACUCUGAUAAAAGAGAGAAAGACAAAAAGAAUGAGAAGGAUGAUAAGCACAAACAUAGUAGUGAUUCUGCUCACAAGCAUCAAAGUGAAUCAGACAAGACUCAUAAACAUCGUAGUAGUUCUGACUCUAAACACAAGGAUCGAAUUGAAUCUGAUAAAAAAGAUAAACAUCAUAGUCAUUCUAGCCACUCUGAUAAACACAAAAGAGAUUCAGAUGAAAAAGCAAAUAAAAAAUCAGAUAAACCUAAGAGUGCAAGUGACAUCAUGGCAGAACUGGCAAAGAAUAUAAUCUCAAAUUGUGAAGAAAAAGUAAAAUCUUCACAAUCAAUAGAAUCAGAUGGAAAUGAUUUGACUGAAUGUGAACAAAAACAUGAAGAGGAGAAUAAGAACAAACCUAUGGAAAAUACUUGGAGCAUUGGUGAUUUGGAAAAUGAUAAUUAUAAUGAAAAUUUGGAGGAAAGUUUUUCAUUUGAGGAUAUAGAAAAAAGUGUGAAUGAACGGAUGAAAUAUAUCGAUCAUGAAGCAAAAAACUAUAGUCUGGAUGACUUUGAUGGUUUUGCAGAUUCUUUGUUAGAAAAUGGAUUAACUGAUGGAUAUGACAGUCCGCUGUUACCUCUACCGUCAGGAAGUAGAAACAAACUUAAAAAAUCCUCAAGCCAUAGUUCUAGUCGUGAUACUGAUAAAUCAGAGAGUAAAAAGCGCAAGAUUUCAAGUGAAAACGAAAAACACAAAUCUUCAAAAUCUCAAAAGACAAGUGGCAAAUCAAACAGCUCAGGGAAGUCUUUUGAUGAUAUAUUGUUGGGAGACCAGAAAAAGAAAGUGAAGAAAAGAGAGGUAGACAGCAAAUAUGUAGAGUUAAUAUCAAAAUUCAAAAUAAAAAAGAAGGGAACAGAAGGGGAUAAAUCAACAGGGAGUAAGUCUUCAGACAACAAGGGUAGUAAAUCUGAUGUGAAGGGAAACAACUCUGUAAAGAUUAAGCAGGAAAAACCAGACAAAUAUCAGCAUAGCAGUAGUAAAAGGAAAGCUGAAACAGAGGUGGAAAAGCCAGUUACUAAGCAGAUAAAACUGGAGAGUUUCCCUAGUGGUCUACCAGAACCAAUGCCUGACUAUAAACCAAAGAAAUAUGUACCACCACCAGAUGAAAUUAAAAAAGGUUCUUUUUUUGACGAGUCUGUGAUUGGACUGAAGACCUAUGAUAGGACAAAGGUGUACUCUGGAAAGAAAUCAACUGUAGUUCCAGAGGUGUACAAACUUCAAGAUAUAUGUAUGCAGAUUCUAAUGAACAACAUAGACAGUUUAGACUAUGUUGGUGGUGUGCCAUUCUACAUAUUGAAGCCUGUGCUGGAGAAAUGUACACCUAAUGAUUUAUACAGACUCGAAGAUUAUAAUCCUCAUUUCCUUGAAGAUACAGACUAUUUAUGGAAACAGCAUUGUAACAAAGAAUUUCGAGGUGUUGAUCAAGAAGAAAUGGAAUCAUGGAGAGAAUUAUACUGGAGGAAGUCUGAUGAGAGAGAAGAGAAACUGAAAGCUAUACGACAGAGUAUUUCUGCUGCUCAGGUGAAGAAAGAUCCAUUGCGACAGACAAAGUUAGCCUAUGUAGAUUCAAUGGCCAAACCACCUCGUGAAGUCAGACGUCAGCAGCUAAAGUAUGGUACAAAUGUUAAUAUAACAGGAGAUAGGUUUAAAAAAUUCAUACCAGGCAUGAUGGAUGUUGUCCCGUUGGGAAAAUCUAGGCCAGUUUCAAAAGCUCCCAUGAUGGCAAAAACAUUAAAUAUGAUCAAGAAAAUAAGAAAGUGAAAACAAUCUUGUGAUCAACAAAAUGAAAAUCAACAGCUUUGAUUAAGAGAGAAUAGUGGAUACAGACAUUGUCAGAGUGGCUACUUUAGAAGGUUUGAAAGUGUGAUUCUAUAUCAGAGCAGAUCAAAGUUCCUGGUUACUGAUUUAUGCAAGAUGCAGAAUGGAAUAACUUAAACAUCUGUACUGCAGAGUCAAGAAUGAACUAAUUUAUUGAUCUUUUUAAAAGAACAUUAUCAAUUAUGUGCUAUAAUGCUGUUAUUAAAUGUAAAGUGCUUUAUUUUAAGUUUUAAAUAGUAGUUUUCCACUGAAAUACACAUCAGUUAUGUCCCCUGAAAUACACAUGAGUUAUUUCCCCUGAGAUUUACUUCGAGUUAUUUCCCCUAAGAUUAACACCACACAAUAAAUCUCCAGUUUACUCAUUGUAUAAUCAAAUAGAAAGUUUAUCAAAGUUAUUUAAUAUGUUUAAUUAAAACUUUGUUUCAUGUUUUUAAAUGCUUUGAAUUAGUUCACAUGUUCAUAUAUGAUUUAAAACAAAAUGUAAACAUAUGUGUACAUAGAAAAUUGAGAUAAUCAAUUCAUCCUUGUAUGAGAUCCAAUCUUGAAUUACAUCACCUGGGACUUGCUUCCACUUUGAAAAAUAUGUUUUAAUGUGUUGGAAUCUGAAAGUUUAACUUUUGUUCUGAUUACUGUUAUAUUGUGUGGUUGAAAAUAAUAAUGAAUAAGUACAAAAGUUUCCUUUAAUGUAUAGUAUAGUUUGUAACUAAGGCCAGGAAAUGUUUUAUCACAAUUUUGGUUAUUUUAAAAAAUAUGAAUUGGAAUUUUUGUCAUUUAUUUGUGUCUAAAUUUAGAACUUUGACUAGCAAGUUUGAUUUUAGUGGGUAUGUGAAAUUUCUAGCAAGUUUUAUUUCAAAAUUGUUACUGUUAGGAAUAUGAGGGUGUUAGUUGGGAGAAAGAAAUAGAAAAUUUCAAAGCAGUUCCAAGCAUAGACCCCAAAUAAAUUCCUAUGUAGGUUCUAUGAGUUUCAAAAACAAUAGAUUUUAAAGUGUAUUACUGCAUGUGUAUUUUAUAGUUCUUUUAGUUUUUGUUUGUUUAGAUAUAUUUUGUUUUUAAGGUUGCAUAAAUUAUUUAAAAGCAAUGUCUUUAAAAUACAUAUGAUAGAUUUUUAUUUCAAUUAUCAUCUUUUGCUAGAAAAAUAAUAUUGAAGCGUUCUUUCGUUUAAAUUGUAAUAUCUCUAUUUAUUGAAUAUAAUAUUGUUUGCAUUUUGAAAUUAGUCUUAAUAUGAAUUCCAUUCCUUUCAAUUAUUUAAAAAUCAAAUGUGACUUGGAUUAAGUAAAGUACUGACAAGUUAAAAAAUCAUUCCAUUUCUAUAUUGAUUCCUGUAAUUGUGUUGAUUACUGACUUUAAUUGUGUAAUUUCUGAUUUACUUAUUGUUUGUAAAAAGGGAGAUAACAAGAGAAUGUGAAUUUCCUUAUUGUAUUCAAUGGCAGUUGUAAUGAUUAGACAGUAUGAAUAAGGGUCUGGGUGGGAUUUAUAGAAUAAUCGGCAAAAGGUGUAGAAUAAAGGUCUAAAAGCAUAAAGAAUAGAGAAAAACUGGCUAAAAAAAUAAGGAAAAGAGAAUAAUGGGGUGCUAAAAUAUAAAGAAUAGAGAAUAAUGGGGUGCUAAAAUAUAAAGAAUAGAGAAUAAUGGGCAGAAAAUAUAAUGAAUAGAGAAAAA